GGUGAAGCAUCACGAUGGAAGCGUGCAGGGCGGCCGUAAGCUGUUGGUCCGUGUUUCGCUUCUGCGACAAUGCUGCUCCCUCUAUACGCGAACCCAAUCCUUUGACGCUUCGGCGCGCUCUGCACGUCAGACAUGCUAGACUGUGGCAUUUCUUAAAAGACAACCUCUGGGACCUGCAUGAGAGCUGCAUCUGCACCUCGUGUGUUUGCCUCAAGACAAUUGCACAACAAGACACCUCUUUGUCCGCCUCAGCCUGAGAUACAACCAGCACAUUACCAAGCCAUACCUUUUCUGUGUCCAGUGUUCACUAUAAAGCCAAGCCCCGUCCCUGCUGCUGCUUCUGGUCACAAAUCAGCCACCUCACGGAACCACCAAACCGACAGGUACCACCGAGAAUCAGAAGAUACAAAAGUCGCCCUUCACCAUCCCUACAAUCAGCAGCCUAUCUCGAACAGACUACAUUCACCGGUCCUCAGGCUUUCGAUAAAGAUCAAUUGGUCACAAGCUAUAGCUUCUGCGUCAGAGGACCCUUCACCAACACUAGCACACGCCAAGCCCAUUGGCGUCCAGGCACCAACGUCGCUGCAUGUGACUGAAGAGACUCGGAUUGGAUAAAACUUCUUCUUUCUCUUCACCACAUCAACCCACCAAGCCUUCACAAUGUGUGUAAUUGAGAACAAGACCUACGUCUACCAAGACAACCACAGCCAGACUAUCCAGAAACAGUACCGUUGCCACAACGCCCCUGCUGAAGGACUAUGCAACCACGUCAGGGAGAGGAACACCGAGUCCGCGCGCGUGGUUGAACGUAGACCGACAUCGUCGUCGUCAACCAACAUCGUCAUGGCCGACGGACGCGAAUACCGCUACUUCCCCUUGAGCAGGAGAUCAAGCAAGCGCUCCUCGACUGGUCGGUCUACUGGAAACAGCGGCAGGCAGUCUCCAAUUGACAGCCUUGUUUCGUCAUCACCACCAAGGCCCAUGUCUCGUACUGUUCGACCUCGGGCACCCUCACCACCGGCACCUCGACCAGACAGGCGAGUGUCUUUCCAUGAACCAACCAUGAGGCGCGCAGAGAUACUGGACGGUACAGCUGUGUAUACGGAAGUACCUUCUCUUGCCAUGCCGAGGGCGCCGAUCAAUGAGAGACGCUCCAUCGAUCCCAAGUCGUCUAUCUCAUCUCUGACCAACGAGAUUGACGACACCGAGCCACCUGUUCGUCGCUCGUCAAUCAAGAGAAGCCGUCGCCCCAGCGGUCUUAGCCUCGGUCUCGACACCCCAGGCACUACGCCUUCUUCACAGUCCUCUCCUGGCCUCAGCGAGCUUCCCAAGAUCUAUCGUGACCGCCCCUCAGCUGGCACCGCUUCUCCUUCUCACCCAUUUAGGUCUGGUUCUGGCAACUACCAAUCACUGCAAGACCAAGAGCGUGAGGAAGAUGAAAGACAAGCACGACUCAUCAGAGAUGCUUUGGCAGCUACGGAACAGCGACAGCAUGAUCGCUUGUCACGAGAAGUGCGUAACUCAGCUCGCAAACAUUCGGAAGAUCUAUCACGAGAGUCUUCGUCAGAAGCAAAAGCAAAGCACAGACAUGCCACAGCUGCGGCUCUGACCGGAGAGUCAUCUAGAAGCGCCAAACAGCAGGAGAGGGAACGAGAGAUCGAUCGCAGACUGCAGGCCGAUAUCGAGCAAGUCAGACUUGAACGUGAGGCGGCAGCUAUGCGCAAGCGUGCAGAGUAUCAACAACAGCAACAGCUGCCACCAAGCAGUCCGACAUCUGCUCGUACAUACACAUAUGUACCGACACCUCCACCAACCACAAUCUCAAGGCGGCCCAUCUCUGCACGAACUAUGACCGACACUUCCUCGCCCACGCUCUCGGCAAGAACACCACGCUAUGGUCCGGCCAUUGUGCAUCAGCCCAUUCCGCCGCGCAACCCGUUGGCUGAACAGGGCGAGCGCGUCAUACAACGAGAACAAGCUCGUGUAAAUGAUGCCACCAAGAGGAUGACGGAGAUGCUGGAGAAUACCCACAUGUACGAUGAAGCAUACGACGACGGUACGCAGAUAUCUGGGGAGUCUAGCGUGCGUUCUGGGUCGGACAGGCGUUAUAGGAGGGGAGACCGGCGACACAGGCGUGACAGCUACGACGAGUAAUUUGGUUCCCACAGUAUCCAUGGCGGACAUUGUUAGAAAUUCGUAUCUGGCGCUUUAGGCUAUUUGCACGAAAGAUAGACUACAGAGC